UCGGCACACUCGCAUCUCCCUCCCUCUACCAGACCUCUACCUUUAUUCCUUUCACUGCUGAUCACACGCCGCAGAGAGUUGAGUUUCAUUCCUGAUUGGAAUAAUGUGUUACUCAGACCUGGAGGAUCUUCUUCCUUUUUACGAUGGAAAUUGAUGUGUGUGACUGAUUGAGGACAAUAAUGAAGGCAGAGUGAUACAUCUUCCACAGCAACCUGAGCUCCUGGUUUUCUCCAUUUUCACUCCUCGAAGGAUACGGUGACCUUCACAUAUGCUGCCAGCUUGACAAACUUGCACUGGAUAAACUGAAAGGUUGUUCCUCGUUGCCAAGGACGACGCAAAGAAACCGGUGCGUUGGAGAGACCAAGCGUCGGCCUGUUUUUGUGGCAACAAAUGACAGUUAGCUUUUGAAGUUAACAGCACUAACCUUACUUAUCUGCUGAGGAGAAACGGGCCAGGAUGAAAGAACUGCUAUUUGUGUCUUGUCUCUUUGUGGGACUUGCAUUGACUGGCUCUGUUCAUGUGUCUGGGUUAACUGGGGCAUGUCAGAAUCCGUGCAGAUGUGCAACCCGACCCUGGUUUUCUCCGUUGUCCAUUUACAUGGAGGUUUUAACUGUGGACUGUGACAAUCUGGGAAUUUUAUCUCUUCCAGAAAAACUUCCCAUGGAUACACAGGUGCUACUGGCACAGAGCAACAACAUUGAGAAUAUUGAAAAACCUUUGAAUUAUAUAGUCAACUUAACAGAAGUGAAUCUCUCUCAGAACAAUAUAUCUUCUCUUCAUGACAUCUAUUUAGGUCACCUUCCACAACUUUUGUCCUUGCAUGUGGAGGAGAACCGAAUAACCAGCCUUCACGACAAUUGCCUCGUGCACCUACCGAACCUUCAAGAGCUUUACAUCAACCACAACCUACUCUCGAUGAUCAGUCCUGGAGCUUUUCAAGGUCUCGACAGUCUUUUGCGUCUUCACCUCAACUCAAACCGACUGAGGGUGAUCAGACCAGAGUGGUUUCAUGCACUUAACCAACUAGAGAUAUUAAUGAUAGGAGAAAAUCCAAUUUCUCAAAUACAAGAUAUGAAUUUCCAACCCCUGGGUAAUCUUCGCAGCCUUGUACUGGCAAGGAUGAAUCUCACUGACAUACCAGAUAAUGCUUUGCUUGGUCUUCAUAAAUUGGAGAGCAUCUCGUUUUAUGAAAACAAGUUUGCAAAGGUGCCCCAGGUCGCACUCAAAAAAGUUCAGAGUCUCAAGUUUCUGGACCUUAAUAAGAAUCCCAUUGAGAGAAUUAAUCGAGGAGACUUUGUGGAUAUGAAUCAUAUGAAAGAACUGGGUAUCAACAGCAUGCCAAAUCUGGUUUCAAUUGACAGCUUUGCUGUUUCCAACUUGCCGGAGCUUACAAAGAUUGAGGCCACCAACAACCCCAGGCUGACCUUUAUCCAUCCCAAUGCAUUUUAUAACCUGCCCAUGCUUGAGACACUCAUGCUAAAUGAUAACGCCCUCAGUGCACUUCACCGUGUCACAGUAGAGUCCCUGCCCAGCCUACAGGAAGUAAGCUUACAUUCCAAUCCGAUUUACUGUGACUGCGUUGUCCGCUGGAUAAAUACGAACAAGACUAAGAUCCGAUUCAUGGAGGAUGACGCUCUUUUGUGCACGGGUCCCCCAGAGUUUGAAGGCCUUCAUGUCCGACACGUACACUUCCGUGAAAUGAUGGACACCUGCCUUCCAGUUAUCGCUCCGGAAAGCCUUCCAGAAAGCAUCAGCGUGAACGUUGGUCAUUCAGCGUCAUUCCACUGUAGGUCAUUUGCAGAACCAAAUCCGGAGAUCUACUGGAUAACCCCAUCAGGAGAAAAGAUUCUACCAAGAAUGGCUUCGAGAAAGUAUUUGGUACAUCCUGAGGGAACACUGGACAUAUUUAACAUUUCUGAGAGUGAGGCAGGUCUAUACACAUGCGUAGCCCACAAUCUCAUAGGGGCAGAUAUGAAGUCUGUUUCACUGGUAGUGAAUGGGUACUAUCCAGAACAUGUGAACGGACCUUUGCAUGUACAAAUUGAUGUGAUACAACCAUAUUUCAUAAAAAUAUCUUGGGUACCACCUAAAAGCAGCUUUGUGUCAAAUAUCAAAUGGUCCACCACGUCUUUGCGCUUCACGGCUCGUGUACCAUCUGACGUAAAAAUGUUCAAUCUGACACACUUGCAGCCGCUGACACAGUAUGAGGUAUGCGUAGAAAUUACAGACCUGCAAAGGGGGCAUUUAAGAAAUUGUAUAAAUGUCAGUACGCCUGAGCAAGCUGCUCCAGUGAGCAAAUCUGACAAGAGCAAAGUGGUGAUGAUCAAUGCCAUUGGCCUGCUUUUGAUAGCAUCGGCUGUAACGUGUUCGCUCAUCUACAAGUCCCUGAAGAGUGAUCAUUUUUACAGACGGUUAAGUAAUCAACAAACAGGGACACAGCAAGCUCCCAGUCCCUGCCCUUCUUCCAACCUCAUGCAGCUCACAGGGUCUGAAGUGGAUGCUGAUGUGUUGAACUUUAACAACACCAUUUAAGAAACUCUUUUAGAAAGAACCAUGGUGGGAUACAAAGGACACAAGACAGUGUGACAAAAUAUCCUGCUUUCGGAGUUUCUGCUGAAACACUGCAGAAGGAAACCCAAAGCAGAUCAGGAGUCAUCGUCCCUCCCAGAGCGUUUUUUUUUAUGACAUUGUAUCAACUCAACACUUAGUGUAAAUGUCAUAUGUGGGAAUCAAUAUCCUCCAGAUCGGGGCUGCCUGGAGACCACUGUUCCUUCAGCCAGGAUCAAGGCACAGAACAUUAAAGGUUAUGUCCAGAUGCCUGACUGUUCAUGUAUAAUGCAACUCCACAGUGGCUUUUGUGUCUAUUGUGGGCUUGUAGCAAUACUCCUUGCUCUGUCUCAGUGGGAAAGUAAACAAAGUAAACUUUACGAUCCACUAUGUUCAUAGAGUAGAUCAUAAC